AUGGCCGAGAAACAUCCCAUUGGGGACCUAAGCGCCCCCGAGGCCAACAGCCUGUCGGCGGGCGACAGCGACUCUUCUCGAACAGAUGUUGCGAGUGACUACGAGCUGACUGGAGUUACACUGGUCCUGGUUAUCACUGGACUUGCUCUUUCUAUUUUUCUCAUGUCACUAGACUCGUCCAUCAUUGCCACAGGUAUUCCUCGGAUCACGUCAGAAUUUAAUAGUACCGGUGAUAUUGGCUGGUAUGGAAGUGCAUACUCCUUUUCGAUGUGCGCAUUGCAGCCAAUCGCAGGCAAACUGUUUGGAAGCUUCCCUAUGAAGGUUAUGUUCCUCGGAAGUCUUGCCGUCUUCGAGCUUGGGUCAUUGCUCUGCGCCCUUGCUAUCAACAGCCCUAUGCUCAUCGUCGGGCGUGCCAUAGCCGGAAGUGGGGCAGCGGGAUGCUUCACAGGAGCCUUCUGUCUUGUUGCGGUUUCCAUUCCGCUCGUCAAGCGACCCUUCUAUAUUGGAAUUCUUCAGUCAACAUUUGGCAUUGCCACCAUCAUCGGACCCAUACUAGGUGGUGCAUUCACAGAGCAUGCGACGUGGCGCUGGUGUUUCUGGAUCAAUCUUCCAAUCGGUGCUGUCACCAUUCUCUCGCUGCUCUUCUUCUUCAAUCCGCCUACAAGUGACUCGAUCAAGAGUCCACCCGUUCUUAGCAGACUGCAAAACUUAGAUUUGCUAGGCGCUGUUCUUUUCGCUCCCGCCAUAAUCAUGAUCCUUUUAGCGCUUCAAUGGGGAGGCACAGAACACGCUUGGAAGAGUGCUACUAUCAUUGGUCUCUUCAUUGGAGGCGCGGGUCUAGGUGUUGUGUUUGCUCUCUGGCAAAUCCGACGGGGUGACGAUGCUAUGAUCCCACCGCGUCUGAUCAGUGAACGCACAAUGUUAUUUUCCUGCGUCAGCGAGUUCUUCGCCAUGGGCGCUGUCUACAUCUCGAUCUACUACCUUCCCGAAUGGUUCCAAGUCAUUAAAGGCGCCUCACCAACUAAGUCCGGACUUAUGUACCUCCCUCUCGCGCUGUCGGAUGUCCUUUCUGCAACCCUGACAGGUGCCUCACUCAAGUAUCUUGGAUACCCAAAUCCAUAUAUGCUCCUUGGGACGGGCUUGAUGAGCAUAGCAACGGGACUCUUUUCUACAUUUUCCCUAACCACUCCCCACGAGCACUGGAUUCCAUUCCAAGUCCUCCAUGGUCUUGGUGUGGGAAUGACCCUCUCAAUGCCCUAUGUUGCAACACAAACAGUCCUCAAACCCGAAGAUAUUCCUGUUGGUACCUCGUUACUGCAAUGCUUCCAAUUUUUUGGUGCUUCCGUGAACCUCGCCAUCGCGGAGGCUAUCUUUGAUAACAAACUUAACUCGCGACUGGCCAGUUGGGGAUUUGAUAGCGAAGAGGUCAAGAAAGUUAUUAGUGCAGGCUCUGCGGAAGCAAGGAGCGUGGUUUCUGCAGCACAACUUCCAGGCGUUUUAGAUUCAUACAACCACGCAAUCACCACGACGUUCUACCUCGGCACCAGUGUUGCCACCGUUGCAUUCCUCCUUUCACUUGGUAUCCGCUGGACGAGUGUGAAGCCGAAACCUCAACCUGACAUCUCCAUUGAGGAACCUAGCUUGUCAAGUCAAUAG